AUGAUUUUUUCAACUGAACCAGAAGGCUUGAUAAUUGACAAUUUUAUUGCGAUAGACGUAUUUGGUACUAAUCCAGAUGUCAAAUAUUGUUUCCUUUCCAGUGCUCAUUCUCGUCAAUGUCGGAAAUUAGUUAGUGAAUGGCAAUGCAAUCGAAUAUGUUGUUCACCGAUAACAGCCAAACUAUUAUCUGUGAUAAGUACUGGAAGAAAAUAUAAAAUUUCGGAUAAAUGGAUUCGACCAUUAGAUUUGAAUGUAUGGCAUAAAAUGGAAAGAUUUCGGGUGAUGCUUGUAGAUGCAAAUCAUGCACCUGGCUCUGUUAUGCUAAUCAUUGAACGUGAACAUCACAGUACUCUACGUCGGAUCUUGUACACAGGAUUUUUUCGAGCCGAUGCAAAAUUUUAUCGGAAUGUAAUAGGUUUAUCAGCAUUGCAAGAGAAAAAAUUUGAUCUCAUUUGCAUUGAUUCGUCUUACGUUGAUUUCACGGAUGGGGAAUUUCCAAGCAGACAAUCAUCAGCAAAAAAAGCAGCAGAGCUUCUUCGAAAACUGAAAUAUAACGGAGUUAGUGGUGUAGCUAUUCCAGUGCCAUUAAUUGGUUGUGAAAGUCUUUUGGUCAAUAUUUCUCGACAACUUGAGUGUAAGAUUUGGUUGCAUCCAGAACGCUUCGAAAUUGCUGGUAUUCUCGGAAUAAAAGAUUAUUUUUCGGAAACGAAAGGCGACACUUACAUUUGGACUUGCUCACAAGGAGAAAGUAAAGAAGUUCUUCCCACAACUGAUUCUCAUGUUAUCAAAGUUUCUAUGGAAUCUAACUUUAUGCCAAAUAUGUCAUUAAACAGUGAGCGGGAGCAUUUGAUUAGAUAUUCGGAUCACUGCAGUUCAAUGGAACUACGUUCAUUCCUUUCACUGUUAUCGUUCGCUCGUAUAAUUGGCACUCCAAAGAAAUUAUCACAUUUUAUGGAGAAAAAAUUACAGAAAUUAAGUUUAACCAAGAUAAAAACAAUGAAUUACUGCGAAGAAGAAUAUGGCAAUCCAGAACAGUUAUUUUUUGAUCCAUUUAGUUUUUCUUGCAGGGUUGGAUUAGCUUUUGAUUACUCAUUUAAUAAUUUUUGUGAUCGACUAUCAACAGUUGAAAAUAUACAAAGUGAUGAAAUUAUGGAAAAGAUGUUACUAGAAGAAAGUCAUGAUAACAGUUUCAUCAGCGAACAGCAUUUAGAAAUGAACAUUUCUGACACGCUGUUUGAUCUGCUAGAUGAUAACUGGAAUUCAAAUGCAAAUUCGUGGGCUUAUUCAUUUCGAAAGUUCUUCAAUAUUUUCACUCAUAAUAUUCUGAAUAAAAAUAAAAAUGAAAAUAAUUUUGAUGGGAUAGAUGAUAAUGAUGGACUAAAUGAAAUGAUAUUCGAUAUGAAAUAUACAGAAGGGAAUGAUGACUCACAGAGAAUUGAACAUUCUUUACAAGUUACUUGUGAAAGCAUUGAUAGCAAUAUAUUUGAUAUAAAAAUGGCUAUGAAAAUAUUGGAAAAGCAAUACGAUAUAUCAGUCAUUGGAACAUUUUAUGAAAAAAAUGUUGAAAUUAUAAGCCAUUCAUAUGAUGUCGAAGAGAACAUUUGCUAUGAUUGUUCAAAUGCACCAUUGCUUCCAGAUGUUAUAUAUGAAUUGCUGGAUUAA